AUUCAUGUGUGUUUUGUUUAAAAUGGUGCUAUUCAUCACAUGGACUUUUUUGUAUUACGUUCUGCAUGAUAUUUUCUGAAUAUGAGUAAUGCUGCAAACCAGAAGACUCUGUUUCAAGCCUGGGGCACUGUCGUGUCUCAAAACAAGGUGGUUCCGCCUAAAAAUGAUGGUAAAAAAGCCACGGCACGGCGCAAGACGACUCCAAGCAGCAGCAGCAGCAACACUAGCACGUACCAGACCAUAGAUCCAAGACCUGCUCCAAGACCUGCUCUGAGACCUUCACUUUGGAGUGAAAUAGGGCACGGGUCAUCCUACAGCACAGAAGGCCCAGUAAGUUCAGGCGAAGCUAUAGCUACUUUUGGCUAUGAGGAGGAUGAUGACGAUGAUCUGAUGGUGGUGGCUGUGCAUGAAGCAGAGAAGACGCUGCAAAUUAAUAAUACACAAUUUAGAACAGAUGACAACCCCAGAGAAUCAGAGUCUAGUGCACUGCCUUUCACUUCCCCUUGUGGACAGAGUUAUCCUGACUUCCCUGGGUUUGACAGCUCUUCAGCCAAAGUAUGGAUCUACCCCACAAACUAUCCUCUCAGGGAGUACCAGCUGAAGAUCUCAGAGGCUGCCCUCUUCAGGAACACACUGGUCUGCCUCCCGACCGGGUUAGGGAAGACCUUCAUUGCUUCUGUUAUCAUGUACAACUUUUACCGUUGGUACCCAUCAGGAAAGAUUGUUUUCAUGGCUCCCACCAAACCUCUUGUGGCACAACAGAUUGAAGCAUGUUAUAAAGUCAUGGGAAUCCCACAGGCACACAUGGCAGAGCUGACAGGCAGCACAGCAGCAAAGCAGAGACAGGAGGUGUGGAGAGCCAAACGUGUGUUCUUUCUCACUCCUCAGGUCAUGGUGAAUGACCUGUCCAGAGACACAUGUCCAGCUCAGCAAGUCAAGUGUGUUGUGAUAGACGAGGCCCAUAAAGCUCUGGGAAACCAUGCCUACUGUCAGGUAAUUCGACAGCUUGCCAGUCAGACUAAACAUUUCCGGAUUUUGGCUCUGAGUGCAACUCCAGGCGGGGACACAAAGUCUGUGCAGUCGGUCAUCUCCAACUUGCUCAUAUCUCAUAUUGAGCUUCGCUCAGAGGAGAGCCCUGAUAUCCAGGCCCAUUCCCAUCAGCGUAGUGUGGAGAAAAUGGUGGUCCCACUUGGAGAGACCCUUUCUGCUUAUCAAACAAGAUACUUACAGGUGCUGGAGAAGUUUAUGUCUCGCCUGGUCCAGAACCGUGUAAUGGGACACAAAGAUCUACGCUCACUCAGCAAGUACCAGCUCAUCCUUGCCAGAGAUCAGUUCCGCAAAAACCCACCUUCGAACAUCAAGGGUCCACAGCAGGGGAUGCUGGAGGGAGACUUUGCCCUGUGCAUCAGCCUGUACCACGGCUACGAGCUGCUGAUGCAGAUGGGCCUCAGAUCUCUGUUCUUCUAUGUGCAGGGCAUCAUGGACGGCUCCCGAGAAAUGUCCAGGGCCAGAAAUGAACUGCAGAGAACUCCCACUUUUAUGGACCUCUACCAAGAGAUGGAAGUCAUGUUCAUAAAGUCACCUGCUGGUCCAGGUGACCAAUUUGUUUACAGUCACCCUAAGCUUGAGAAACUGGAAGAAGUGGUGCUUCAACACUUCAGGCAGUGGCCAACAACUGGUGUGGCUGAACCGGUAAGCACGCGGAUGAUGAUCUUUUCCUCGUUUCGUGAAAGUGUGCAGGAGAUUGCUUCCAUGUUGAACCGUCACGCUCCUCUCAUCCGAGUGAUGACUUUUAUGGGCCAAGCUUCAGCUGGGAAGGGAGUCAAAGGGUUUACCCAGAAAGAACAGCUUGAGGUAGUACAGAGGUUUCGACAAGGUGGAUUCAACACACUAGUAUCCACUUGUGUUGGAGAAGAAGGCCUGGACAUUGGAGAAGUGGAUCUUAUCAUAUGCUUUGACGCUCAGAAGAAUCCCAUCCGCCUUGUGCAGCGCAUGGGACGCACCGGGCGCAAACGGCAGGGGCGCAUCGUUGUGAUUCUGGCAGAGGGUCGUGAAGAGAGGACUUACAAUCAGAGCCAAAGCAACAAGCGCAGUGUGCACAAGUCUAUCACAAGUAACCACAGAGACUUCAGCAUGUACCCACACAGUCCUCGCAUGCUACCUGAUGGAGUGAACCCCAUUCUCCACAAGAUGCACAUCGUGUGUGGGCAGUUCGACCCUCGGGAGAGCAGCAGACGCUCCAAAGGACGGAGGUCUAGUGCUGAGGGAAGGGCUUCACUCAUUCAUCCUCACAGCUUGAUGCAACAGGUCACCUCCAUAUCAGAUGGUUUUCUGAACAGCACAGAAUAUUCUGUAUGGGCCUCCACCAUGAAGCUGAAUGAAGAUGAGGCUCAUCCAGUCCUAAAACCAUCACAUUUUCUGUCCUUUUCCACAGAUCUGGACAACCAGGAACAGGAGCGCACAAGUGCUGCCAUUUCCCGGGAGUUGUCAUUGAGUGAGUGGAGACACUGGCAGAACAAAAGCUUACCCACACAUGCUGUAGACCAUUCACUUCGCUGCCAACACUUCAUUAAAAUCAUGGAGCUGAUCGACCAAAUGAAAUAUGAACCUGAGGGGCAGUGUCACUAUGAAGAUGAGCUCCGGCCUUACCUUUGUGAAGCCAACUCCAAGAAUGCACAGAAGAAAUCAAAGCCAUGUGCAAAAAACAAAAAAACUAACCAUUCAUCUUUAUAUGACCCUGACUUUAUCUAUGAUGAACGUGAAACGAACAUACCUCAGGAGGAGCAAAGAUUUCCUGUUGAAAGCACCGCUGUGACUGAAACUACCUCAUCACAAUCCGUAAAUGACAAUUGUAUGGAGAUCUUGGAGGAUGCCUCUACUUCGAAUGCUAAUAAAGAACAUGUAAAGCCCAGUUUAACAGAUCAUAACUCAGAUCAUAUACCACUGAAGUUUGAUGAGGAGGCAGAUCUUGAAUUUCAGGCCAUGUUUUACUUGCCAAAUUGGGGUACUCGUCUUUCUUCGUUUAAACCCAUGGGAAAGGACAGAGAUGAUCAUUUAAAAGUUAUUCUCGCAAAUGUUUCAGAGUUGUUGUCUCGUUCACCGCCAUCGCUGGAUUUCGAAGAUGCCGAUAUUUUGAGUUCGGAAAUUGUCUCACCAAAGGAGCCGACGUGUCAGCCAUUUCAAGUCACUUUCAACCUUGAUGAUGAAGACGAGGAAGGGGAGAUGGAGAUCAGUGACAAUGCAAACUACAUGGAAGAUUCGAGAGCUAAAAUUCAAUCAGAAAAAGGCAGUACGAUUCAUAGCAGUCCGACUUGGGAAGAGGUUUUUGAAGAUGAUGUAUUUGAGGAAAAUGCAAAUAUAGAAAGAAGAGAGGAAGUGAUAAAAUUGACGGAGGUUAAAAAUUUUAAACCAGAUGUAAAUGAGAGUAUAGAUCUGUUUGAAGAUGAUGAGGCCUUCUUGGAAAUGUCAAUUCCAGAUAUCCCUACUCCGAAAGAUUCAUCCAUUCAUCAAAAAGAGCAAGAAAAUUGUGAAAUAAUCAAAUCAGAAACUUUGGGAAAUGUUGACAAUACAACAAAAAUCAUGAUGUUAGAGGACACACAUGUUGCGGAAAAUUCUCUCAGCAUUAAAAACAUCAAUGAUUUAAUAGCUAUUGAAGAGCUUGAAUGUAAAACAACAAAUUUGCAACCCAAAUCUUUUGAAAACUCCAAUGAUUUAUUCUCUGUUAAUUUUGAUCUCGGUUUCUCAGUGGAUGAUUCUGAGGAGGAGGAGAUCACCGAAGCAAAUUCUUCUAAAUGUCUACCCCCCUCUCCACAACCUCAAAACCCUAGACUCUCUCUUCAAGCUAGCUCCAACUUCUCCACUCCCUACACCGGUUUUGCUAAGCAGCAUAGGCCAUCUGUGCGGCCCCAAGAAGCCACAUUGUCCAGCCCACGUUUAGCACACAUGAACAAGUCAGAUCUCUUCUCGUCUCCCUUGGGUGCCAGAGGAAGUGCGCUCCCUUCUCCAAUCUCCACACUUCACGCCUCAGCACCUCGACUUAAACUAAACCAAAGCAAAGGAGCAGAGAGCAUGAGGGAACUAGUGAAAAACAGCAGUGACAGUGAGGAGGAAGUGGUGAUCCAGAAUAGAAAACAACCCAAAAAGCUCCACUAUUUUUCAUCCCCGGAAAAGACGAGAAAUGUCAGUGACGUGGACUCCCCAGUGGUUCUGAAGAGGAAACGUGCUGCUGCACUUGAUACAUCUAGUGAAAUGGAGAAAGGAACUAUAUCUGAUGAUGAUUUCCAGAAUGACUCCGUCUUCACAAAAAUCAACCCUGGACCAGAACCAAAAAGAAAAUUCCCAAAACAAGGAAAAGACCAGCACUCCUCCCGCCGCAGAGCCCACCACUUUCUGGACGACGAAGCUGAGCUCUCUGAGGAUGAGGAAGUUGUAUCCAGCGAUGAGGAGGACGGAGAGGAGCAGAACCGGUCACUAGAUGGCUUUGUGGUGGACAACUCCCACCUGUCCCAGGGACUCGAUGAGUCAGAGAUGCAUGGAGUUUACCUCAAAUCUGUCCGAAGCCCUGCAGUGCUUGGAAAGUUCAAAAUGUCUUAUAAGAGUCGUAAUAACAUGGAUAUAUUCUCCCAGGUCCCAGAGAUGGAUGAGACGUAUGCUGAGGACAGUUUUGUGGUGGGCAGUGAUGAAGAGGAGCAGAGUGAAGACUGCAGUGAAGAGGAGGAGGAAUUGGGUCCCCUGCUCCCUGAAGAGUCUUACGUGCAUGGCAAAAGACAGUACGCCACCAGGAGACGAGUGUUCCUCCACCAGGCCAGAGCCAACAGAGGGGGCACUAAAGCCAAAUGCACCCGGGUCAUACGCGUACAGGACUCCAGUGAUGAAGAGACAGAGGGCAAUGAUAAAAAUGCUGUGGUUACACAUGAGAGGUCAAGUUCCUCUCAUGAGAAUAGACUGGAGCAUCACAAUGGACAGUCCUCUUCAACCAUUGCAUCCAAGGUGUCAAGACUCAGUCGGGCACCGAACGUUUUACCCACUAAUGAACAACGGGAUGAGAGGUGUCGCAAGAGAAUAGAAACUGAGCAUCUUCUGUCUGAUGAGCUGGAUUUUGUGGAGUCAGACUCUCUAUUAGCUGCCAAUACUUCUGCACAGAGCAUCCCCUCAGCCUCUGCACGAGCCCCCCCUCACACCACCACAGUGGGCCCAGUGCGCCUCCUGGUGGACAGCCGGUGCCUGACAGGAGCUGUGGAGCUUGUGACUUGUCUGCGGCAGCGUCACUCAGCCACGGUCCAUGUGUGCUCUCUGGACAGUAGCUACAUCAUCGUGAGCGCCCGCAUGGCUGUGGAGAGACAGGGCCAAUCAGAUGUUGCCUCUGCUCAGAACAGGAAGCGAUUGGUCGAGAGAGUUAAGAGCUUGCAGACGCUGUUUGAAAGAGUGUGCUUGAUUGUAGAAAAGGACCGUAUUAAGCCAGGUGACACAGCACGGCCAUUCCAGAGAACGCGUUACUAUGACAGUACUCUGGCCGCUCUGGUUCGUUCAGGAUUGAGAUUGCUGUGGUCCAAUGGCCCUGAAGACAGCGCCGCCCUGCUGGUGGAGCUGGCCCGGCUAGAACAGAGGAAGUCUCAUGGGAUCUCUGUUCCCCUGGACGUGGCAGGCGCGCUCCGGCAACAGGCUCUGCAGAUGUAUCUCAACUUACCCUCGGUCAACUACGUGCACGCGCUCAGCUUGUGCCACAACUUCAGAACAAUAAGCCAGCUCGUAAACAGUUCCAUUGAAGCCGUACAAAAGGGAGGCUGCAUGAGUCGCUCCAGGGCAGAAGAGGUCUACACAUUUCUGAGAUAUUCUUGUGACUCUUUUCUCAUGAACACUUCAAGAUAGAAUGAACACAAGCUUAUUCACAAUGAAAUGAGAACAAGCCAAGGAAAUGUGCAAUAUACUAAUGAUACAAUGCUGCAUUCUGGUUUAUAGUUGUCAGUCCAGUAGUAAACAAGAACUAAUAAUGUGAUUUACUAUGGUUUAUAUUGGAUGGACUGGCAUAGCAAUUGAAUUUUACAUUUUUCAAUACAUAGGCCAUAAAGUUGGUUGUAAAUGUAUUUAGAAAAGUAACCACCUUUGAUUGUAAAAUCAGGGAUAAAAUAUAUUUGCUGUAAUAAGAAUUUGUGUUUGUGUAUUUAAGCACAACUAAAGUAAUUUAUAUUUUAUAAUAAAAAAAACAACGUUUUAUUU